AUGGAGCUCACCAUGGAGAACAUCGGCAACCUGCACGGCGUGUCCCACUCCCACCAAAGCGGCGACUUAAUGAACUCCCCGCACGCCCGCCAGUCGUCCGCCUCCCACCGGAACCUGGUGUCGUCCCACGGCCGCUCGGCCAUGGUGUCCAGCAUGGCCUCCAUCCUGGAGGGGGCCGGCGACUACCGCGCGGACCACGCGCUCUCCGGGCCCCUGCACCCGGCCAUGACCAUGUCGUGCGACUCGGGCAUGAGCCUGAGCAGCACCUACACCACCCUGACGCCGCUGCAGCACCUGCCGCCCAUCUCCACCGUGUCGGACAAGUUCCACCACCCGCACGCGCACGCGCACCACCACCACCACCACCACCCGGCGCACCAGCGGCUGUCGGCGGGCAACGUCAGCGGGAGCUUCACGCUCAUGCGCGACGACCGCAGCCUGGCGUCCAUGGGCAACCUCUACGGCCACUACCCGAAGGACAUGUCCGGCAUGGGCCAGCCGCUGUCCCCGCUCUCCAACGGCCUCGGGCCCUUGCACAGCUCCCAGCAGUCCCUCGGCGCCUACGGCCCCGGAGCGCACCUCUCCAACGACAAGAUGCUCUCCGCCGGGGGGUUCGACUCCCACGCCAUGCUGUCCCGGGGCGAGGAGCACCUGGCGCGGGGGCUCGGCGGCCACGGAGCCGGGCUCAUGUCGUCCCUGAACGGCAUGCACCACCACAGCCACCCGCACUCUCAGGCCAACGGCUCCAUGCUGUCAGACCGGGACCGGCAGACGGUGGUCGGCGGCGUCCAGGGCGGAGGCUCCGGCCAGGUGGAGGAGAUCAACACCAAGGAGGUGGCGCAGCGAAUCACCGCCGAGCUGAAGCGCUACAGCAUCCCGCAGGCCAUCUUCGCCCAGAGGAUCUUGUGCCGCUCCCAGGGGACUCUCUCCGACCUGCUGCGGAACCCUAAACCGUGGAGUAAACUCAAGUCCGGCCGGGAGACCUUCCGGCGGAUGUGGAAGUGGCUCCAGGAGCCGGAGUUCCAGCGGAUGUCGGCGCUCCGGCUUGCAGCCUGCAAGCGCAAAGAACAGGAGCAACACAAGGACCGCAACACGGCGCCCAAGAAGCAGCGCUUGGUCUUCACCGACCUGCAGCGCCGCACGCUCAUCGCCAUCUUCAAGGAGAACAAGCGACCAUCCAAGGAAAUGCAGAUCACCAUCUCCCAGCAGCUGGGCCUGGAGCUCAGCACCGUCAGCAACUUCUUCAUGAACGCCAGGCGCCGCUGCGUGGACCGCUGGCACGACGACCACGGUACCAGCCCAGGGCAGCCGGGCACCUCUGCCACCACCUUCUCCAAGGCCUGAAAGAAGAAGGAGUUGGAGGAGAGGGCCUGCAGAUGGCCGGGCGUCCAGGUUGGAAGGGCAGGUGUAGCAAACUGGCACUGAGACCCUGCCAAUGACAACCAUUCCUGGCCUGGACCGAUCUGACAGCGUCGUCUGCCCGAGAAAUCCUUUGUGCCAUGCAAUCAUCUUUUUUUGUCGGUCAAAAGUUCAAGCUCUAAAAAGGUGAAGUCAGGUCUAGUCUGCAUUACUCACAUAAGGACAAUCAUUGAUUCUGUCUUUUUUAAAAGAAAAUCAUCCUUAGGGCAUCUUUGUUUCAGACAAAGUAAAGAGACACCAAAGAUUUUGUUGUUGGACGGUAUACCGGGCACGAGCUAGCCUCUUUUCACCACCGACGUAGCCACUGGUCUUGCUUUUUUACCCCCUCUCCACUCACCUCUUUGUGUCCACUCUCGUACCCCUCAACCGAAGCAACAGAACGGCAAUAAAUCGGACAGAGCAGCCUUACAAUCCGAGCCCUAUACCGCACACACAAGGCCGUCAAAACCUAGGAACGACGUAGUCUGUAAGGAAAAAAAACAAGGCUUUCCACUUCCCUCCGCCCCCUCAUCCUAUAAUCUCCCUCAUUCCUCGGCCUAAGGUAUUCCCUGAUGGCCGCCCAUCGCAGAAAGAAGCUCCAGCCCGAUCAUACGGCGAGCUAAUGAAUUGAAAAAUGAAUCGAUGCAGACAGAGCGAGCGAGGCCUUGACCUCUCCCUCAAGGUGAAAAACCAGGACGCUCAGCAGCAGCAGGUCCUCCAAGCGCAGGUCUCGAUAUAUAUUUUUGCACAGAUGUUGGAGGCCUGCAAAAGGGGAGACGUGUCACUGCGAGCCUGACCGAGAGGUUCUUUGACCGAGAGAGGCGGGUGAUACGUCUGGACGCGCUCUUUUGUUCUGCGAGGAGCUUUUCCUCCGAUCGAUAACCCAGAAAGCGACGGUUAAAGCGACAAAAACGCCGGCAUCCGUCCAGUUGCUAUAGGGAAUGCACCCAGCGGAGAUGGGGACACAAAAGGGCCUCAGAGCGGUGCCUCCCUUCCAAAGAUCAUUUACUGGUAGAGUCACAGUGCCCCCUGCUGGCUAAAGCAUAGACGCAUUCAGGCCCCGGCUGAUCAAUAACUAGCAAUUGUCCAAGCUAAAGCAGAGGGGGGUGGACAAAAUCAAAUCCUAAAACUGUAUGGACCGAGCAGCAAAUACAAUACAAGAUGCAUAUUUAUUUUUGGGAGGCUUCUUUGGCCUAUCGUCGUCUCAUAUUUCCAAACACGUGUAAGGUUAGCCGUAGCCGAGACAAGCUGUCCAAAAUGCUAAAAAUAAAUUUGUGCCAAUGCAUUACUGCCUUAAUUCCAAUCAGACAACACGGUUUACACAUAAGUGACACUCGGUGUGUGUCACCAUAGCAACCAACAAUCAGCUUUUUCUCCCUUCCAAUUGAGGCAAACCGCAGAAGACGAGAGCCGUACAUGUUGCAAAUACAAACACAGAAAAAGUCUGUCUUUUUUUUUUUUUUUUUUUUUACCCCUUUUCUACCUCCUCAAACCCCUCCCUUUGAACCUUUUUCUCCUCUACAACGAUGCGGGUAUUCGAUUAGUACCAUAGACACAAAGUUUCUAUUUCUUGUUACUGUUGUGCUCUGUUGUGUGCAUAAAAGUAAGGCACCUUGUCGAUGAAUUAAAAAAAAAAAAAAAAGGUAGGACUUUCUUAAAAAAAACAAAAACAAAAAAUGGGAGUGGUGGGGUGCAAGGAUGGUGUAUGAUGAAGGACAUUUUUGGCAUUCAACGGGACUCUGAGGAGACAUUUACCACGGGAAACAGGGAGAAGAAGAAGUGACUCUUUUUUUUGGCAUUUUUAUGUCAGCAACUGUGGUAUUUUUAGAGCCCUAAAACUGAUGGGAGACCAAAAAAAAAAGAAAAAAGACCUUCGAGGGGGAUUAUCUGUAUGGUCGUAAGAUGCAAUUGUAGCAUUUCCAACUAUGUAGUCAGACUCCAUGUGCAGAGAGGGCGCUCUCCACUUAACUUCACGUUGCUGUAAGCAGUGAGUUAAAGCCGCCGAAGGACGACGAGCUAAAAUCGUGGUACAAAAGUGUUUUUUUUGGGAGGGGUGGGGGGGGACGGGAUAAGCGAAGAAUCGGCUCGAUUUUUUUCGGGCUGACAACAAUGUUUGUAGUGAGAAAACCAAUGUUGGCUACCUCACGAAGCUGGGUGGUUUGUAAAACCGCCAUUGAUACCAAAGAUACAGCAGCCUACCGCUCCCCCAAAAAUACUAUGCCUGUGGGGGGGCCGCCACUACCCAAAAACACACAUUGAACACACACGCAUACCGUAAAUGCUCUAAUUACAGCAGGGAUGUUUGUUUACCAACACCACUAAGAGGAAAAAGUCGGCAAUAAUUGGAAAGUUAUUUGAUAAUAAUGAUUUGGAGUGCGUGAAAAAGUGGAAAAUAGCACUCUUUGACCACAUGGCCAUUUAUCAACAAGUCUAUUGCGCAACACAGCUGCACCAGAACCAAUGUUGCAAUAGUGCGAAGGAGCAAACUUCCCCAGUCAGCAUUGAUACCACUGAUGUUACGUAAACCGUAACAUGCAUGAGUUUCACACCAACACCAACCAAGAUUUGAAAGGUAAAUAAAUCUGCAGGAUGCAGACCACUCACGAUACUUCAAAUGCGACUGUCAGGGCUAUCAAAAAGAACAAGUUUUCGCAUAGGAUUAAUCACAAAAAAACCCGCAGAUUAAUCACACAAUUUGAAAACAUUCAUGUAUGACAUUUUGACAGAAAAAUUGCAUUUGUGUCCAAAUAUUGCUCAGUGGCCUUGUGGUUAGAGUGCCUGCCCUGAGACUGGAAGGUUGUGAGUUCAAACCCCCGGCGGAGUCAUACCAAAGACUACAAAAAAUGGGACCCGUUGUCUCCCUGCUUGGCACUUAACAUCAAGGGUUGGAAUUAGGGGUUAAAUCACCAAAAUGAUUCCCGAGCGUGGCGCACAUUGCUGCUCACUGCUCCCCUCACCUCCCAGGGGGUGAACAUGGGGAUGGCUCAAACGCAAAGGGACACAUUUCACCACACCUAGUGUAUGUGUGACUAUCAGUGGUACUUUUACUUAAAUAUUGUGUUUUAAAAAAAAAAAGUUGAUUUAAAUUAUGCAAGCACAUAAUAACCUGCGAUUAAUCGUGAUUAAUCUAAAAUUCAAAAGUGUGAUUAAUCAAAUGUAAACAUUGACAGCACGUAAAGCAUAAAUUAAGUAUGUUUUUGUUAAUGCCAAUGUUUAUUUGCUUACAUAAGCUCUCAAGUACCACCUCAGAAAACACUUGGCUCUCCACGUACCACAAUAAUGACCAGCAGUAAAACGCAGUAGCGUAGUGGGCUUAAGUAGUCAUUAAAAACAAGGCAGAUGUUUUAUUUAACAAGUAUAUUUGGCCACUAACACUACACACAGUUUGAACGGUAACACUGUGUUUGAAUAUUCAAUUCACCUCUUAAGGCCCAAGCUGUUUGUUUACAUUAUUAUUAUUUUUUCCUCUUUGCU